CUGGAAUAUCAUACAUAUUUCAGAUUUCGCAUUCGUAUGGACUACUACUGACCUUACGUUGAGACUAGUUUGCAUUUUCACAAUGGAUCUUGCGACAGCGUCGCGUGCAGAGAAGGGGCGCCCAAGCCUCGAAGCCGAAAACAAAAAGCUUCUAGGCUAUUACGAUAGGCUUGAAGAUGAGCUUGAUUCUACAUCGACAUGGAUCGGAGAAGACGAUACACCCCGGCGAUCAAGGAAAUGGAGACCCAAUUCGGCAACAGUAUGGAGAUGGGCUAUAAUCAGUCUCCAGAUCAUAUGCAGUGUACUUGUGGGUGCAGCCUUAGGGUAUGUGCUAAAGCCAGGAUGCACUGAGUUGGAGUGUGUCCGUAUGACUUCAAGCUAUUCGCCGUUGCUUGAGGCAGUAGAAUAUUACGAUUAUCAGUUUGAGGCGGAGCUUGACGCAGAAAAUGUGUACAAAGGGCACCCUCGACCAGAACUUGACGAAGCUUGGACUCGCGUUGGUAAAAUCCAUCCGCUCUCAAUGCCUGAAAAGUAUCGCGCAGAGUUGAAUAAAACAAAUUCGGGCAUACCUUAUCCCAAAGAACAAGGUGGUGGAAUUAUGGUCGAGAUUGAGGUUUUUCAUCAGCUCCACUGCCUGAACUUUAUCAGAAAAGUCAUCUAUGCAGAUUAUUAUUCAAGACCCGAAAACCUGCCAAUUGAGUUUGAAGUAACGAAUAAACUAUUCUUCAACCACGUCGACCACUGCAUCGAUUAUCUCCGCCAAGUCAUAAUGUGUGAGAGUGAUGUUACACCCGUCACAUCCAACUGGGUCUUCACUCACCACACUCCCCACCCUGACUUUAAUACCAUGCACAAGUGUCGAAAUUUUACUAAAUUGCUGGAAUGGGUGGAAGAGCACGACAAUGGAGGCGUGCCAAGACAGACACCAAAUCCCAGUUGGAAGCCUGCGCCAGGGCUUGCAGAGACGAUAUUGGAUUACGAAAACGAUUUUCCAAUGCCGCCGCAUGGACCUCCAGUCACUGGAAAGGAUAAAUGGGGUCAUGAUUGAGUUGGGAAACCACGGAGCGGCCAUUAAGGUGGUUGGCCUAUCCAGAGUCUCUUUCAUAGCGCCAUUGCAUAUAAUAAGAAAUCUCAGUGCCUCCAGUAUGUCAAGCUAUCAGAAAGCUAUUUCAUAUCAAGUGAAAGGAUAUGAGGACCAGGAGAGUCAGACUCAUACCCAACUCCUCAGUAUUAGUGAUUAGUUCAAGAUGCGAUAGCUGAGAACUAUGAUAUUUAAUAAUAUCGGUCGAAUUGGCUAAUGAAGAGCAUCAGAUAGAGAUCAUUAGAUGUACGUAGCAAAAUGACAUGAACAAGAUACCCGUAGUAUUCUUUCCAAGAGAAUGUAUACAUAAAUGAC